AUGAGCAGCGGUCGCGACGGGCAGAUGGGAGCAGCCGGCGGCGAGCAACGAGUGGAGGCAGGGCGCGUAGGUGCGAGUGCGAGUGCGCAACAGCUAGGCACGGGCGGCGCUCCUUCACAACGGUCCACACCGCCCACCGCUCCCUCCCACGCGCCACUCGAUCUUCCUCCACAGGCGGCACCGGCCCCAGCGCCUGCCCCAACGGUCACCGGCGCAGCUGCGCUGCCGGCUGCGCAGGGAGAAGCGUCGACGCUUCAGCGGUUCGCGUACCACAAGAAAGGGGUCUUGCCCCCCAUCAGCGCACUGGCGCAGCGCGAGAUCGUGGCGCUGAAGCGCGCGCACCCCGAGCUGGAGGACGUGCACAUCGCGGCGGCCGUGAGCAAGCGCUUCAACGUGUACGUCCGCGCGUACCACGUGCGCGCGAUCCUGCAGCGCGCGUCGGGCGAGUGGUGGGCGUCGUGCAGCAAGACGAGCUCGGACCGGUACAAGAACGCGGAGCUUGAAGCGGAGAUCGUGCGGUGGGUGCGCGAGACCAAGGCGCGCGAGGAGGCCGCGCGGGUCCCCGGCACGCGGUGGAUCAUCACGCUGAGGCGCGUGAGCAAGUACGCCAAGGAGAUCGGCGCUAAGUAUGGUGUGCCUCCGCGGUUCUUGUACUCGACGGCGUGGUGCAGAAUGGUGCUGGAGGAUGCGGGGCUGGAUAGACGCGGGAACGAGAUGGACAGGCGCGUGUUGGAAAACGAGGGCGCUGCGGGUGAGGGCAGCGGAAGGGGACGCGCGGAGGAAGGAGGAGGGGUAGGCGGAGAAAACGGGUUGCAUGAGGGGGAGGAGGAGGCAGAGCGAGGCGGAGAGGGGGGAGGUAGCGGUUGCACACAGGCAAACGCUGACGUGAACACCGGUUCUAGUGGUGGUGGUGGCGCUGCUGCCGCUGCUGCUGCUGCUGCUGCGGCUCCUGCUGCUGGUGCUGCCGCUGUAGCUGCUGGUGCAGCGAGUGGCGGUAAAAAGGCGGAAUGGCGUGCCCUGGUGGAGCAUUGGCGGCACCCGUUCCUGGGCGAGAGCAGCAACACCACAGGCGUGCCACGGCCCAUGCAGAACACCAACCAACCGCUGGACAUCAGGAUCCGGUACGAGAUCGCGGUGGUGAAGCACGUGCGGCCGUACCUGGACAACAAGGUGGUGUCCGCCGUGGUGCUCGCGAAAUACGGAGUAGACGUGCCGCCCAGGAAGGUGCACCGCAUAGUGGAGGAGAGCGCCAAGUGGAUCGCCGCGGGGGCUAUCCCUGCAACGACAGAGCCCAUGGUGAGGCUGGAGGAUGCCGUUGCGGCGUGGGUCAUGCGCGAGGAGCAGGGGAGAGGGAGGGAGGUGACAAGGGAGAGGAUUCUGGAGAGGGGGAAUGCGGUGGCGGGGAAGUUCUUGCCGAGGGUGCGCCGGCCGUUCACACAGCAGUGGGUCGCGCUGUUCAUGCGCCGCUAUGGGUUGUUGCUGCUGCCGCUCACGCCAGGGCCCUCGGGUGGCGUGGAGGGGGGAGGGGAGGAGAGCGGGAGUGAGGAGGAGGAGUGCGCGGAUGUGGAAGGAGGCGGGGGCGAGGGGAAGGAGUGGGGCAAGGAUGCGCGUGGAGGGGAAGUGGGGGCAGGGGGGAGUGGUGCGGAGGGAGGGGUGGGAGGUGGUGGGGUUGGGGACGUAGAUUGGAGGGCCGCGCGGUGGAGUGACGGUGCUGCUGCUGCUGGUGGGGCUGGCGGUGUGCAGGGGAUGGCAGGAGGGGUAACGAGUGAGGAGGAGGGCGGGGAGGAUUCGGAGGAAGAGGAGGAGGAAGAAGAUUCGGAGGAGGAGGAGGAGGAGGAGACGGGACAGGGAUGGAGAGAUGGAGGGAAGAGGAGAGGCGGGGAGGGGAGGCAGGUGGAGGAGGUGGUGGUGGAGCUACACGUGGACAGCCGGCACUUCCCCGCCGCACUGGCAGCGGCGCGGCGAGCAGCAGAGGAGACGGUUCGGGAGUUCCAGAGGGACGUGGUGGAGGAAGCGGUGUUUGACGCCGGGCUGCUGGUGCGCGGCGCCGUGGGGUAUGGUAGCCAGCUGUGGCUGCACGAUGACAGGGGGCUGGAUGUCAGAGGGCGCGGGCUCUGGGCUCGGCGCAGGCGGUUGGCGGGUGUUGGUGGGGUGAAGGGGCACGGUGGUGUUGGGGGCGUGGGGAGUGGGGAGAGAGGGAAGGGGGGGGAGGCGGUGGAGGUUGUUGAGUUGAGUGACGAGGAGGAGGAGUGUGUGCAGGGAGGUGGGGUUGGGGUAGGGUCGCAGCGGAGGGCAGAGAGUGGGGAGGAGGAGAGGGUAGAGACAGGGGAGGAGGGAAGGGUGGAGACAGGAGAGGAGGGAAGGGUGGAGACAGGAGAGGAGGGAAGGGUAGAGACAGGAGUGGAGGGGAGGGUAGAGACAGGAGGGGAGGGGAGGGUAGAGACAGGAGAGGAGGGGAGGGUAGAGACAGGAGGGGAGGGGAGGGUAGAGACAGGAGAGGAGGGGAGGGUAGAGACAGGAGAGGAGGGGAGGGUAGAGACAGGAGAGGAGGGGAGGGUAGAGGGGGAGGACGAAGGAGAGAAGAGGGACGAGGGAGGGGCAGGGGACGGAGGGGCAGAGGGAAGAGUAGAGUCGGGGAUAGAAGGAGGAUUAGAUGCAGGAGGAGAGGAGAGGAUAGGCACAGGUGCAAUGGUGCAAGGCAGUGCGGACAAGAGCGUUGAGGCAGGGGUGUCUGUAUGUGCCCAGAAGCAGGCAUCAAGGAGCAAGGCGGGCAGCACAGCGACUAGGGAGCCAGGGUACGGGUCGAGCUGGUUCCUGUGCGAGCGCGUGGCGUGCAUGGGGCGCUCCUACCGCACCACCCUGCCCACUGAAACCCUCCUCAUCCACGCAGGGGCCUUCUCUCUCGGCGCAGCGUUUCUUGACACUCAGGGUUCAGACGAGGAGGAGGAUGAGGAGGAGGAUGAGGAGGAGGAGAGGCAUGCGGUACGUGAGCAGAGGCACGGCGUGGGGGGUGAGAGUACGCGGCAUGGGGCAGGGCGGUUCAUCUACCUGUCACGGCCGCUGCGGCGGCAGCGGCAGGGCGAGGGGCCGGAGGAGAGCAGAGUGCUGGAAGGCAUCACCCUCAGCCGCGUGCGGGCGCUCUGCCUGGUGGUGCAGUCGCGGCCGAGCCUACAGCAGGCGCACAUUCUCAAGGCGGUGGAGAAGGCGUGGGGCGUGCGCAUGCACCCGGGCGUGCUCAUGGCGAUUCUAGCGCAGAGGCACCGCUGGCUGCAGCUGCCAGCGGGGCUGUCGCUGCGCCUGCUCAAGAGGCCGAGACUGAGGGCCAAUCGGCUGCUCGAGGUGGCGCUAGCGCGCUGGAUCGAGGGCUUGGGUGCAGGGGUCAAGGUCUACUGGGAGACUAUCUGCUGGCCGCCGCGGCUUGCUUCUGCUGAUGGGAGCGGUAGUGCUGCUGCUGGUGCGGGUGGUGGUGCGGGUGGUGGUACGAGCAAGCGUGUGCGGUAUGUGCUAUCAAAGGAGGUGAUAAUAGAGGUGGCGAGGAGGAUAGGGCCGAUAGUGGGCGUGGUUCCGACGUUCAAGUACGCGUACAGCUGGUGUGCUCGGUUCGUGCAGAUGCUCGCCAAGUGCCGCGCGCUGCAGGCGGAGGCAGCGCGUGAGAGGGCAGGCAUGCAGGCGGGGAAACUUGGAAAGGAGUUGCGCGGAACAGACGCUGAGAGGGAGCAGGUGGGUGUGGGACGUGGGGAGGGGCGUGGGCAGGGAGGGGAGAGGGAGGGUGGACGGGCCUCGGGCGGAGGGAAUGGGGAAGUUGCUGGAAGGAGUGAAGACAGGGAGGGGGGGGAUGUUGGGGAUGAGGAAAUGGAGGAGGAAGUGGAGAGGCUGUUGGCGGAGGAGAGGCAGGGUGAGGGUGAGGGUGAGAAUGAGGUUGUUGUGGGGCGUGUGGCGCAUGGAGAGAAUGAGUCCUGUGACGGCCUUGCCAUGUGCGGCGCACACAUGGAUCACGGGGGGCCUGCAGGUGCGCGAGGGGUAGCUGGGGCAGCAGCAGGUGAAGGGAUGGCAGGGAGGGAUUCGGAAGCAAGCAGGUGUGCAAGGCAGGAGGAGGCUUGGCGAAGGGACUUUUUAAAGAGGGUGGAGAGGCACCUGGUGGAGGCUCAGACGAGCACUGCUCACAAUGGGGAGGGUCAACUCGGGAGGGGUCGAAUGGGGGAAUCGCGAGUGGGGGGGGCUGAGACGUGGGAGACUCAGUUGACACGGAGACGAGGGCUGGAUGCAUCAGCGGUGGGCGCUGCAGCAGCAGCAACAGCACGAGUAUCGGAGCCGGCAGCAGCAGUGGUGGUGGCGGCGGUGCGGCGGGCGCUGUGUGAGUGGGUGGCGGAGGGGGUGGUGGGGCAGCGCGCGGACGAGGAGGAGGCGCGCGAGCAGGCGGUGGUGGUGGGGCUGGUGCGGGCCACGUGGGGCGUGCACGUGCGCGAGGAGGACCUCGCGCUGCUGUGGCUGCAGCGCACGCACCUGCUGGGUGCGCGGUGGGAGGAAAGGGUGAGAGAGAGACUGGCGAGGAAGGGUAAGGGUGGGGCGGGGGAUGCGGGCGGGAGGCAGGGGCAGAGGGAGGGGCCGGGUGAGGGGGAGGGUGGAGGGGAGAAGGGGGGAGAGGUGGGGUUGCAGGGGGGAGUGAGAAUCAGGAUGCUGCGAGUGGAACGAUUGCUGGUGAAAUGGGUGAAGGGUAGGCUGGGAGAGGGGCAAAAGGGAGAGGGGGGUUGUGGUAUGGGAGGGAAGGGAGGAAAGGAAGGGCGGAGGAAGGAAUGUGAGGCUGAGAGGGGGCAGGGAGAGAGUUGGCAGGCGCGGCAGAAUGAGAUAGGGCAGAGCCAGAGGGUAGCAUGUGUGCAAGAGGAGUGCUCAACUCCUGCUGCUGCUCUCACUGCCACAGCUAUCCGUCGCUGUGCCAUGCUCCUGGUGCUGAAAUGCAACAUGCCUGUGUCCAUGUCUCACAGCUUCACACAGCAGUGGAUGCUCGCAUUCCUGCAGCGCUGGGGCAUCAACCCCUGCCUCGUCUCCGCCCUUGACAAGCUGCCAUCCUCUGCACCGGCCACUAAUACCACGACUUCCGCCGCCACUGCUGCUGCUCCCGCGGCCGCUGCCGCUGCUGGUGCGGGCAGAGCACCAUCGGGCGCACAAGAGGGGAGCUCUGGAGGAAGGAGAGAAGCGCUGACACAGGCAGCAGAGGCAGCAGCAGCAGCGGCAGCAGCGGCAGCAGCGGCAGCAGCGGCAGCAGCGGCAGCAGCGGCAGCAGCGGCAGCAGAGGUGGGGGAGAGUGCGAUGGAGGUGGGGGUGGACCUGCUGCAGUGGGUGGAUGCACGGGACGUGCGUGCGCUGCUGCGCGCCAUGGACGGGGAGAUCUGGCGCGUGCGCCUGCGCGUGCGGCAGCGCAUGCGCUGGCUCAGCUGGGUCGACCAGCUGCAGCGCCAGGCACGGCGCCGGGGGGAGAGCGGCGUGAGAGGGGGCGCGUUGGAGGGGGGGGACGCGGGGAAGGGACAUGCGGGCGCGAGUAGAGUGGCUGGGGACGGUGGAUGGUGGGGUGAUUUCAGUGGUGGUGGGGAGAAAGGCAGUGGGAGAUUGUGGAGGACUGGUUUGUUCAACACGCCGUGUUAUUAUGACCCGCUGAGCGAGGAGCGGCCUAAGAAGGGCGUGCGUGCGGGCCAGGUGCAUGGUGACAAGCAGAGGCGAGGUGCUGAGGCGGGCGGGGACGAGGGCGAGGGCGAGGGGGGGAUGGAGGGAGGAGGAAGGGAUGAUGCAGAGUUGGAUGCGGAGUGUGUGCCUCAUGCCUCGCACCCCGGUCCUCCUGCUGCUACACCCACUGCUGCCACAAACAGUGCUGCUGCGCGUCCCAGUGCAGCAGGUGCUUCCAUGGGCAGUGCAGGAUAUCGAGGUGGCUCAGGACAGAGAGAGACAAGGAAGAGAGGGCAGGAGCGUAGGGAGGAAGCUGGGGUGCUGGGGAAGAGGGCCAAAGGGGCAUUGCAGCAGCAGGUAGGGCAGAAGAGGAGGGCUGAGGAGGUGACGCAACAAGGGCGAGGGGCAUUACCAUCGACUGCUUUUCAGAGCGCAUGGAAGCCGGUGGUGGUGCAGGGGAGUGACAGCGAGGGGGAAUAUGAUGGGGAAACGGAUAGUGAUGAGGAAACAGCGGAUGAGGAGGAAACAGAGGAUGAGGAAACAGAUGAUGAGGAAACUGAUGAUGAGGAAACGGAUGAUGAGGAGGAAUCGGAAGAUGAUGAGGAAACUGAUGAUGAGGAGGAUGUUAUUGAGGUUGUGGGGACAAAGAGGAAGGCACAUGUUAAUUCUGUGAGAGGGAGAGCAAAAGCGGGGAGGCAGGGAAAUGGACAGAGGAGGACAUUUAAGUAA